CCGUGAUUUAUCCCAUUGUUUUCUCCUCCUUCCCCUCCCACAAAUCUCCUCUCAUCCCUCGUUAGGGUUAGGUCUCGCCCCCAUCCAUGGCGACGGCGGUGCUCAGAUCCCACGACGCGCUCGCCAACACGAUGCACCUCGACGCCUUCGCCGCGUCCCCCAUCAAGCCGCGCCGCCGGCGCCACGCUAAGGCCGGCUCGCCGCCGCCCAAGGGUGCCGUUCCGGUCGUUACUUCCUCCCCGCCGCCCAAGCAGGCGCAGGCGCCCGUUUCGUCGUCGCCUCCGAAGGCCCCGGCGGCCGGUCGCCGGUCCCCGCCCGCGAAGCCCGCCCGCAAGCAGCCGUCCCCGUCCAAGGAGGCCCCCGCCAAGCCGCCGCAGAUGGUCGUCCGGAUCCUGAAGCGCGGCGAGGAGCCACCGGCUCCCGCUCCGGUUCCCGCCCCUGUACAGCCCAAGGUGCAAGCCCCGCCGGCGGACAGGCGCGUGCGGUCGCCUUCCCCUCCGUCAGCAGCCCCCGUCCAGACCCGGGCCCCUGCCGAGAGGCGCGUGCGGUCCCCUUCCCCGGCCUCUGCCGCCGCACCCGUCCCGGCCCGCGCGCCCGCGGACAGGCGCGUGCUCGGCUUCACCGCCCGGAUCGGGCCCCAGUCACCGGCCGUCGUGCCGACCAAGAGGAUGGUCUCCGUCGCCGCUGUUGCCGCCACCGCGGCGACGUACGCCGGCCCGGCCUUCUCCGUCGCGGCCCCGGAGCCGAGCUCGCUCCCUGUCCCCGGAUUCCUGCAGCGGGCCGAGGAAGAGGCCACCCGCGGCCUCCGCUGCCUCCUCCGCAUCGGCGAGCUAUCAUGAUACCGGCGGCUCCCCUUGCCGCCGCGUGUGCGUCUCCCUCGACGGCCACGCCCUUCUGCCCCGCUUCGCAUCGUCUUCCUCUCCCCCUUCUACACAGAAGAAGAAGAGGUGGUAAAUCUUCCUCUCUUUCAACUCCACGGAAGAAUCAGGGUUGGUAAAUCUCCCCUACUGAUGGAUGGAUGGAUGGUUGGUGGAUCUGGUAGUAGGCUUAUUGUCUGAUCAGAUCCCGGUGACGUUCCCAUCAAACCCCUCGGUAUUUUUUCAGAGGUAAGGUUUGAUGGACGUUCACCGGUGGUAGGAUUUGGUGGUUGCAUAGGUUUACACGUUGCCGCAAGUUGUUUGGUAUGCCUCUGAUGUCGUUAGGUAGUAGAGGAUUAAUUGUUCAGGGUUGGUGGUUGCUUCUCCGUUCUCUUCUCAAGAUUAGGCUCGCUGGGUUAGGUCAUCUGAUAGGCACUGAGUAUGUGAUUCGAAGGUCAAUAAGUUUUAAGGAGUAGUCUUUAUCUUAAGAAUUAAGUUAUGUAUAGUUGCAUCAGCUGGGCCUACGUGUAGUUGAUUUAGCAACUGAGAGAUAUGAGAGUAGUUGCAUCAGCUAAGCUAUAUGUGUAGUUGAUUUAGCAACUGAGUUAUGAUGUUCUAGUAUCAUUCAAGGUCCUAUGUAAAGUUUGUGUGUCUGUAUCAGUCGCUCCAUAGUCGUCAAAUAAUAAAUCAGUGGUAGUUUCUCUUCU